AUGCUGAAUCGUCGAAGACGGGAUUAUCAUGGAUGGAAAUCGAAACGGCUUUCAAUAAUCGAGUGCUCACUGGUUGUGAAUUCGAGUUACAUUGAACCGCGACAAUUUCUCACCGAUGCGAGAGACACCGUUCUUGAUCAUACACGAGUAAAUCUUCAGAGACACGCAUGUUUAAAGGUGAAUGCAACGUUCAAUGGAGAAUUCGUUGCAGACGACAAGAGAUCCUUCAAGAGUAUCACAACGAAAAAUCAUGAGCUGUAUGGUGCGUCUGAUUUGAAGGAGUGGUACGAUGAGUAUGUUAUGGAUGCAAUUCUAUCUGAUCUGGAGGAGUUUCAGGAACGUGACAGCGGAUGGGCAUUAUCACGCAUAUUGAAUUUGAUUGUAAACGUAAAUAAAUUUUAUCCUAUGCACGGUGGAUGUCGCGUGAAUGUACCUCGUCGUAUAAUUUCGAAGAGAGCGACUAUCAAUAUCGAGACGUACGAUAAUGCCUGUUUCGCAUGGGCUAUAGUUGCCGCAUUGUAUCCUGCAUCUACAAAUGUUAAUAGAACGUCACAAUAUCCUCAUUAUUCAGAGGUAUUACAGCUGGAAGGUAUUGAUUUCCCCGUAACCUUGAAGCAAAUCACGAAAUUUGAACGUCUGAACGAUGUCUCCGUAACCGUGUUUGUCGAGCGAGAGAGAGAUGAAAAGAAAAGGAUUACAGACAGCGAUACAAUGAUCGUGCCUCUUCGUGUGACAAAGGUGAAAAGAAACAAACACGUGAAUCUGUUGUACGUGCAACACGAUGACAAUGUCGUCGGACAUUUUGUAUGGAUUAAGAAUCUGUCGAGACUUCUCAAUACUCAAUUGAACAGGAGUACCUGCAAGAAGUACAUUUGCGAGAGAUGUUUGCAUUACUUCCAAACGAGUGAGAGACUGGCUCGUCAUAAUGUCGAUUGCGCAAGAUUGAAUCAAUGUACCGUUAUUUUGCCUGAUGAAUACGACAAAUGGUUGUCGUUUCGCAAUCACAACAGAACGAAACGACUUCCCUUCGUGAUAUAUGCCGAUUUGGAGUGUAUAUUGGAAAAGACAGGGAUCGAUGAUGAGCGUAUCUCGAGAUUCGUAUAUCAACAUCAUAAAGUCUUCAGCAUCGGAUACUACUUACAUUGCGAGUUCGACGAAACAAUGUCGAAAUAUAGACAUUGUCGCGGAGCGAAUUGCGUAGAAUGGUUCGUAAACGAAUUGUAUCAUUUGACGCAUCGCGUAAAGUCGCUUUUCGAUAGAAAUACGCAUAUGAAUCAGUUUACACAUGAGCAAUGGAAACAAUUUACAGACGCGACUCAUUGUCACAUUUGUGAAAAACCAUUCGAGGAGGAACAUAUACGCGUACGUGAUCACUGUCACAUAACCGGACGUUAUAGAGGUCCAGCGCACUCCUAUUGUAAUUUAAUUUAUCAAGAAUCGCGCUUUAUUCCUGUGUUUUUUCAUAAUUUAUCGGGUUACGACGCGCAUUUUAUUAUAAAAGAUAUAGCAAACAGAUAUGAUGGAAAGGUUUAUUUGUUACCGGUAACGAAAGAGAACUACAUAGCGUUUACGAAAUACGUUAAAGAUACAGCAAGCGGAUCGUGGAGGGGUACAGACAUCAUGCAGUUACGUUUCGUGGACUCGUAUAAAUUUCUCAGUUCUAGCCUCGAGAAAUUGGUUUCCUAUCUCGACAAGAGUAAAUUAAAAAUUACACAAUCGAUAUUUUCUAAUCUGAACACACAGGAAUUUGAUUUUCUUACGCGUAAAGGAGUAUUUCCGUACGAAUACGUUGACAAUUUCGAUAAGCUUAACGAGACGAGUUUACCACCACGCGAGGCAUUUUAUAGUUCAUUGACCAACGAGGACGUUUCCGUCGAUGAUUAUCAACACGCGACUGACGUGUGGCAACGUUUCCACAUUAAUACUCUCGGUGAAUACAGUGAUUUGUAUCUGAAAACCGACGUACUUCUAUUAGCGGAUAUUUUUGAAAAUUUUCGCGACACGUGCAUGGAGAGUUAUGGAUUAGAUCCGACUUAUUAUUUCACUCUGCCGGGAUACACGUGGGACGCUAUGUUAAAGUAUACCGGUGUUAAAUUGGAAUUGCUCACCGACAUUGAUAUGGUAUUGUUUGUAGAACGCGGCGUACGCGGUGGUUUAAGCCAAUGUUCACAUAGAUAUGCGCGUGCCAAUAAUGCGUAUGUACCAUCAUAUGACCCUUCGCAACCCUCUACGUAUCUUAUGUACUUCGACGUUAAUAAUUUGUACGGUUGGGCGAUGAUGGAACCAUUACCACACGGAGAAUUUCAAUGGAUAGACGACGUCGAUUAUUUUGAUGUCAUGUCGGUAUCGGUAGAGUCUAACGUCGGUUACAUUUUAGAGAUCGACCUUGCGUAUCCACAAAACUUGCAUAACUCUCAUGUCAAUCUUCCGUUCUGUCCUACGAGAGAACGACCUCCUGGAGGAAAACGUUACGAAAAACUUUUGGCAACAUUGUACGAUAAGGAGCGUUACGUCAUUCAUUAUCGCAAUUUGCAGCAAUGUAUUCGACAUGGUUUGGUCGUGACGAAAAUUCAUCGGAUAUUAAAAUUUGCACAAUCUCAAUGGCUUCGAGGAUAUAUAGAGCUAAAUACGCGAUUUAGAAUGUCUUCGAAUAACGAUUUCGAGAGAAAUCUUUACAAAUUGAUGAAUAAUGCGGUAUUCGGAAAAACAAUGGAGAACGUACGCGAUUAUAAAGACGUUCGACUUAUAACACACUGGGAUGGAAGAUACGGUUUAGAAGCAAUGAUAGCGAAACCGAAUUUUUGCAGUAGAAGUAUCUUUUCCGAAAAUCUGGUAGCCGUUGAGUUGCGUAAACUUGAAGUAAAGUUGAACAAACCGAUAUACGUUGGUAUGUGUAUUCUUGAAAUAUCAAGAUUCGUUUGUAUGAAUUUCAUUACGAGUACAUGA